UCAUACAAGAUAAGAUCAAUCAACUUUAUCGUUGCUACAAAGCAUCAGUCAAGUAUCAAUAUCCUGUGCACUAAUUCUUCGAACCAUUUCAUUUGUGAACAUUUAAACACUAAUUGGUGAACUUCCCAAGAAUUAACAUCUAUUUUAAAAAAUCUGAAAUUACAUCAAGUUUAUAUAUAUUUGACUGAGUGACCUACGAUCGAACGUAAACACCUGCGGACAAAGAUUUUACUUUCUAGGCGAAAGAAAGAAACGGAAAAUUAAGAAUGCGUCUAUGCUUCGGAAAACGUACUGGUGUACGUAUGGGCGCGUCUGGGUCCGAUCGACGCAAUUCCGACGCUUACUUUCGACAACUGUCCCUUCAAAGAAAACAUGGCGUGAUCGGUGAAAUAAACGUAUCCUCCAAUCUGCCAGUCACCGUUUUCAAGAAAAAUGAAAAAACGAAACAGUUGAUCAAAAACGCCAUUUUGAACAACCAGUUCCUCGGAGAUCUCGAUGAGUCGCGUAUAGAGAAGCUUAUAUCGGUGAUGUAUCCGGAACAGGUGAAAGCCAAUACGCGAAUCAUUCACGAAGGUGAAGUCGGAUCGCAUAUGUACGUCUCGGAAGAGGGAACCUUCGAAGUUUACGUAGGCAAUACGUGCCACGAGAGCUUUGGUCCUGGUGUCGCUUUCGGAGAACUGGCCUUGUUGUACAAUACCAAAAGACUGUGUUCUAUCCAUGCGAGUACAAAUGCGAAAGUAUGGGUGUUGGAAAGACAGGCGUUUCAGACGGUAAUGCUAAAAGAUAACGAAGAAUCGUUGGAGCAUAAUUUGAAGAUUCUUCGUCAAAUUGAAAUAUUCAAGGGUCUGUCGGAGGAGGUUCUGCAGAAAAUAUGCGACCUUAUAACAGUGGAAUUUUAUCCAGCGAAUUCGUACGUGAUUCGAGAGGGCGACAAAGGAGAUAAAUUCUACAUUAUAAACGGUGGUAGCGUGAAAAUCACGAAGAAUAAACCAGGUGGCACGGAAGAGGAAAUGACAAUUCUUGAGAAGGGUGACUAUUUCGGUGAAAAGGCGCUAUAUGACUCUGAAGAAUCUCGUCGACAGGCGAAUGCUAUCGCAAUGGCUCCUGGAUUGGAAUGUUACACGAUUGAAAAAAGAGCUUUCCUAGAUUAUCUUGGUGGACUAGACUCGAUCAGAAAUAGAGAUUGGUCAGGAUAUUACAGUGUAAAUGAGUCGGAUGACUGGGGUGACGAAUUCAAGAAUUUAACUCUGUCUGAUACUGUAUUUGAAGGGACGAUCGGAGCUGGAGGUUACGGCAGAGUGGAACUGGUCGUCGUCAAUUCGAUGCCUAACCUUAGUUUCGCCAGGAAAAAGAUCCUCAAGCAUAUGAUCACAAAGGGUGGCUUCCAAAAAAUGAUGUAUAACGAGAAGAAUAGUUUGAAAUUGUGUAAUUCGCCGUUUAUCUGCAAAUUAUACAGAACCUUCAAGGACAAUAGGUAUCUAUACCUGCUACUGGAAGUAUGUUUAGGCGGAGAUUUAAGAACAGCCUUAUACAGAAGCGGCCGAUUCGAUAAUUCAACAACUAAAUUCGUAACCGCUUGUGUCGUAGAAGGACUUCAACACCUUCAUUCACUGGGCAUCAUCUACAGAGACUUAAAACCUGAGAACAUCGUAAUCGAUAAUCGAGGCUAUGCUAAGCUUACUGAUUUUGGAUCUAGUAAAAAAAUUGGCCCAUACAAGACAAAGACUUUUAUGGGUACACCAGAAUAUUUGGCUCCGGAAAUCAUUCAAAGUAAACUUUAUAAUCAGGCCGUUGAUUAUUGGGCACUUGGAAUUCUUACGUACGAGAUGUUAACGAAUCGAACACCUUUCCAAGAUGUAAGUGAUAUAGAAGUGUAUAAGAACAUUCUUCGUGGCUUUAAGGAUAUACUUGUACCGCCCAUUAUUAAAAACACGGCAAAGAAUUUUAUCAAAUCACUACUGGAAGAUGAUCCAUAUAAAAGACUUGGUUAUUUACGAAAUGGUGUUGCUGACAUUCAUAACCAUAAAUGGUUCCAUAACUUUAAAUGGCAGGAGUUACAGAGCCAAACAAUGCCUUCCCCUAUUGUGCCAAAGGUAAGGGAUCAUCUCGACUUAAGAAAUUUCGAUAAAUAUCCUCCAGAUUACAGAUCGGCACCAAUGGACUAUUCCGAUUGGGAUACGAAUUUCUAACGAUCUUUAUUAUACGAUUCACUUUGUAUAUAUUAUGUUAAAGUAUCUAUUUAUUAUUUAAGCUAACUAUUAAAUAAUAUAUUAGCCCUUACUUUUUAUUUUGUGACAGUAUUAAAAAUAUAUUUUUAAAUAAUGAAAAAUCAAUUAUAACGCAUAACAUAUAGUUAAAUCUUUUGUAAGUUGCAAAAAAGCAUCAAUUUAUAAAGAGUUAUAAUUAAAGUAUACAUACAUACUUUGUAUAUAUGAAGCACGAUUAACCAAAGAUUCCAGAUUAACCAAAUACGAAUACCACAUUAAUAACACUGUGAUUAAUUUCCACGUGCGAGAUUAUUUGUCAAGAAAGAUUAUGCUUAUAUAUGAAGAAACCGACAAACAACUGUAUCACAAACAAGUACAAUAUUCUAUUACAGAAGAAAUACUUGAAUACUUAUAAACACGGUUCACCAGCCUUUUUGAAAUAUAAAAAGUUUAACUUGGCACUGCGCAAAGAACGCCGUCAACUUCAGGUGGCGCACGAUUUGCUGCACUCCUCCAAAUAACCUUGUUAUACUAUUGUUCCAAUGGUGAAUUUACAAAUUUAUAUAACAAAUAAAUUACGGGUGGUAAAAUAUAUUAUUAGUCAUGUUGUUAUAUGGGUAACAUAUACACAAUAAAAUUGCAAUAAACGUUAUUUGUAAUCAAUAAAGAUAAGAUUUGACAAUAGAUCGUAUCGAAUUAAAGUGUGAAAGAGAAAAAUACAUAUUAUGUAUUUUUAAUAACAUCACAACUAAACGUAACAGUGAAAUGUGAAUAACACGAUCGUUUGUAAUGCGUUUCUGUAUAUUGAUAAAUACCGCUUGGUUAUUAGUGGUGACAGGACCUAACUUAACAUGAGGUGAAACUAGGUCCACAAAAAUUUCAGUUGAUAGCAUUUUGCAAAAAUAUUGCACGAUGGAAGCUCAUGAGAAUGAGCAGUAUGUUACAUUUCCCCUUUCAGAGACGUUAAUUCUAGUAUCACAGAAGCACAGGUUGCAGUUGA